AUGACCGAAGAAUCAGGCUUCAAAGCCAAGUCGCUCAAGCGCAAGAACUUGAAGGGUUUGAAGCUCUCAGAGACCCCGAAACCGGCGGCUCCGGCGAUAGAAGACCCUGCGAACAAGAUCAACGACAUUGGCGACCAGCUCAGCACGCUCGAGAUCGGGGUGGAAUUUAAGCUAGACCUGAGAGCGGAGGAUCUAAAGGUUGUGAACGAGCUUGGGGCCGGUAAUGGCGGGACGGUCAGUAAGGUGGUGCAUGCGCCGACAAAAACCAUUAUGGCGAAAAAGGUUAUACAUAUAGAUGCGAAACCGUCAGUUCGGAAACAGAUCGUGCGCGAGUUGCACAUCAUGUACGAGUGUCACUCCCCAUAUAUUGUCUCCUUCUACGGUUCUUUCCUCAAUGAGGGAGACGUCGUCAUGUGCAUGGAGUACAUGGACUGCGGUUCACUCGACAGCAUUGCCAAGAAAGUAGGGCCGAUCCGAAUCGACGUCCUAGGGAAAAUCUCAGAAGCCGUCGUGGAAGGUCUCAACUACCUAUACAACGUGCACCGAAUUCUCCACCGAGAUGUCAAGCCCUCCAACAUCCUCGUCAACUCCCGCGGUUCAAUCAAGCUUUGCGAUUUCGGUGUCUCCGGAGAACUCAUCAACUCCAUUGCCGACACAUUUGUGGGCACAUCAACCUACAUGUCCCCUGAGCGCAUAAAGGGAGCGAAGUACUCGGUCAAAUCCGAUGUCUGGUCACUGGGUCUUUCACUGCUCGAGCUGGCAAUCGGGCGCUUCCCAUUCGACGCUGACGGCACAAGUGCCGGAACCCGUGCCUCGGCUGGCCCAAUGGGUAUUCUGGAUCUGCUCCAAAAGAUCGUCAACGAGCCAGCGCCGCGUCUCCCCAAGAACAAGGCCUUCCCGGCGAGCUUGGAGAAGAUGAUUGAGCACUGCCUGAUCAAAGACCCCGAGAAGCGACCUUCCCCCCAGGAGCUCUUGGAGGAGUCAUUCAUGCGCGCCGCGAAAUCGACUAACGUGGAUCUGGAAGCAUGGGCGCACGGCAUCCUCGACAAGCCCCUAAACCGCCCCUCGCGCCAAUCGCAAAUCAUGUCCCCGCCACCUGCAGCACACCGUGAGUCACCUGCCCCGCCAAGACAGUCAAUACAUGAGCCCCCACAGGCCCCACGCCGCCCUUCGUCUGGAUCCGACCGUGUAGACCGCGAGAGGGAUCGCUCGGAGAGAUCUCAUGGUUCCCCGCUGGGACACCAUCCAAACCGGACUAGCUCUCACACAGGGCUCCGCGAGGAGAGUAGCAGCCAUUCCCGCUCCGGCUCUGGAUCACGAUCAGGCUCAAGACACCAACUCCACAAGAGCCACACUGAGCCCAUGAAUGUUCCGUCAGCAGACCGGGAAGCUCGGGAGAGGGCUCGGGAACAGUAUCUCAAGGAGCAGCAGGAGGUUGAGCGAUUGCGACAGAAGGACUUGGAGCGCGAGAGGGAACGCGAGAGAGAGUAUAGACAGGGCACGAUCGGCAUCGGGUUUGAGGGUAUGCAAAUCAAUGCGCCGCCCGGGACACAGCCGGAGAUGAGGGAGAAGAGGAAACCGCCUAUGGGUGUCAUGAGCAGUGGCAGUGGGGGGAUUGGUGGCAGGCCCGUAGAGGAAUGGAGUGGGCGUCGUUAG